CAACACGCAACGCAUUCUUCGAGUGACUUUCAGGCACAAGCUGUACAUAAGCAUAUAGAUCAGUCCAAUAUUACAGAUAAUAUUGUUGAAGAAGCACAUUGUUCUGAUGCAUACACGUGUUUGGGAGAGGAUGACUUUUCAGGAGAGUAUGAAACUGAAGAAUUGAAAGAGGAUGAAAUUGAACUAAAAUUAGGCCACCUUCUUUUAAAAUUACAGAGCAUUUACAAUGUUCCAAGCAAGUGCAUUAAUGAAGUUGUAUCAGAGCUCCAGUUCAUAUCCUCUUCAUUGUCAGGUCCUGGCAUAAAAAAGACUGUAAAUGCAUGUUUAAGGAAACAUGACUGUGUGCUUGAUGACACUGUCGUCUCAGAUUUAGUCAAACAGUUGAGUGAGUCCAACUCUGUUAGCACAGCUUUAAGAGCUGAUGGUCCUCUUGCCACAUCUUACAGAAGACAGCAGUUUUUUAAGAAGAUUUUUCAUGUGGUUGAGCCUGUCGAAUUCAUUCUGGACAAGAAGGAAGGUCGAACCUUACAAUAUGUCCCCAUUCUUCAGUUAUUGUCACAGAUAUUAAGCGUUAAAGGCAUAAAGGAGAAAGCUUUCAACUCUUCAUAUGCUGCUCAUGAGAGUCGGUACGAGUCAUUUACUGAUGGAACACAUUUUAAAGAAAAUGCACUUUCAUCUACUGAAGACCUAACACUUUCUCUCCUUCUCUACAUUGACGAUUUUGAAGUGUGCAAUCCUCUGGGAACAUCCCGAAAAAAGCACAAGAUUACUGCAGUGUAUUGGGUAUUGGCAAAUGUUCCACUACAAUUUCGUGCAACACUUAAGUCAAUUUAUUUAGCUGUACUUUGUAAGGCUGUAGAUGUAAAGAAGUAUGGUUAUGAGGCAGUGCUUGAGCCAUUGUUAAAAGACAUUGUCCAACUGGAAGAAGAAGGACUCUUUAUUCCUUUGUUUGGAAAGAAAAUCAAAGGCACAAUAGUUAGUGUAGUGGCUGACAAUUUAGGUGCCCAUUCACUCGGUGGAUUUUUGGAAAGCUUUUCUGGAUCUCAUGUCUGCAGGUUUUGUUUGGGAAAGCUGUCUGAGUUUCAGGUAAAAGAAGUGAGGACUGGGGCCUUCCAAGCAAGAACGAAGCAGGAACAUUCUUUUCAUGUACAAGCAGCUUUAGAAAGUCCCACUGUCACUCCCUGCUUUGGUGUGAAAAGGCAAUGUCCCUUAACUAAGAAAUUAAAAUACUUUGAUGUUUUGUCAGGGUAUCCCCCAGACUUGCUCCACGACCUAUUUGAGGGAAUAGUACCUUUGGAGUUGGCUUUGUGCCUUGAUCUUCUGAUUAAGAAAAAAUACUUUACGUUAUUUCAACUGAAUGGCCUAAUCAGCCAGUUCCCCUACAAGUGGACUGACAAAUCUGACAGCCCACAGCCUAUCCCGCUGAACUUUGCCACCCGGAAAAGCAUAGGUGGAAACGCUCAUGAAAAUUGGAGUUUAUUGCGACUGCUCCCCCUUAUGAUUGGUUUCAAAGUGCCAGAGAGUGAACCUGCAUGGCAUCUUUUAAUGGAUCUUAAAGACAUUGUUGAGCUCGUGGUUUCUCCAUUUCACACAGAUGACACAAUAAGAUUCCUGGACACCAAGAUAUCUGAACACAGGCAUAGAUACUUGCAGGUUUUUCCAGAAGCAAGAGUUCUGCCAAAGCACCAUUAUCUAGAGCAUUACCCACAACUAUUCAAGGCUUUUGGACCGCUUGUAGCCAUGUGGACCAUGCGCUUUGAAGCGAAGCAUAGCUUUUUCAAGCGAGUUGUUCGACAUACCAACUGUUUUCGUAACAUUUUACUGUCUCUUGCUGUUAAGCAUCAAUUCAUGCUGGCUUACCAUCUGCAUGGCACAGAUGUACUCAAACCUGCCCUCAGUGUCUCAAAUAUGUCCACAUUGCCUGUCGAUGUCCUCAAGGAAAACAUACAGGAAGCAGUGCUUAAAAGGUUUCCUGGAGAAACAUACAUUCAGGUUGCCAAUACAGUGACCUGUCAUGGCACGACUUACUCAGUGGGAAUGAUUUUGCCGUAUGGAUCCACUGGAGGGCUUCCGGAUUUUGUUGAGCUAAAUCUGAUCCUUAUUGUGCAUGGCCAGCCUGUAUUUGCUGUCAAGUGUCUACAUUCAUGGUACAGUGAACACCUUAGGGCUUUUGAAUUGGAAUCCACAAGACAAGUGACAGUCUGCGAGCAACUAGAAUCGACAGACUCCUAUGCCCUUGCAGCUUACACUGUUGGACAAAAGCGAUUUGUCACCCUGAAGCGUCAUAUACCCAUACAAGAUUAGAAUCAUCAUGUCUGCCCGACUUCGAGUUAUACUGGAAGAAGAAAUUCGCAAGCUUUCCUUGCCUUCAGGAAUACCGCAGACUCUAGAGGAAUUGAAGCAUAUUGUACAAGAAACAUUUGCAAUACACCAAGAUUUUAGUUUUCAGUUCCAGGACCAAGAUUUUAAUGGUCAGUUUUUUACUCUCCUUGAAACUAAUGAAAUAAAGGACAAAGACACCAUCAAGGUGGUCCUUGCUGAACCAGUUAUCACAGUAACUUUUCAAGAUUCUUCUGAGGAUCAAGGAGUCCUGGAUAGCUUUGAUAGCAGUUGCACUGAGUUAUUGGAAGAUGUUGGUUCCUGCUCCACUGCAUCCAGCGAUACCACAAUUCUGUCUUCUCCAGGUAGCACCUCCUCCCUUCGUUCUGUGCCUUGGCCAGCUCAGUUUGUAAUUCCUACCUUUUCUUUUGACACGGAGCUCAUUCUUCAAGCAGCAAAUGAAGCUAACCUAAAGGAAGGAACCUUACUUUGCAAUCCUGCUGUAAAAUCCAACAUUCUGGACAAACUAGCAGAGAGCAUCUUUGUCUACACCGCCUAUCCAUCAAGUGCACAAAGGGAGCAGGUUGCUGAGGCCCUGGUUAUGAAACACCCAUGUUUGAGGGACCCAGUAUCCUUCAAUGGUUUAUAUAGUUGGCACAACAGCCUGAAGUACAAACUUGGAAAUUUCAGAGCAAAGGUGAAACAUCUUGGAAUACCAGAGCUAAAUGUCAACUGUCUCAAGAGAAAGUCAGCUGCAGAUAAAACCCCAGCAAAAAACUUAAAAAAAGCAAAGAAAUCUGAGGUAAACUAUCUCCCGCCUCAUCCUCAAGGCGAAACUGAUACAUCCCUUGAAAAGGAGAGAGUGGAGCUUCUCUAUGAGUACAAGAAGAGAGACAACAACAGUGUCAUUAAUGAGAAGAUGGCAAAAACCUUCUCACUGCGUCGUAAAGAUGUGAUCCAGAAACCAAUUAUUAUUGACUUAAAUGCUCGAUGGCCUGCCCUGUUUGAGUUUUCCCAGAUCGAGGAGGAAUUCCGGAGGAUCACACUGAAGCCACUACAGUCCACAUUCUUUGGGAAGUUGGACGAAUACACGCCUAAAUUGUUGAGACUCUACAGGAGGAAGGGAGGAGCUGUUGGGAAGAAACUUGAUGAGACCCUUGAAAUCAUGAAUGAGGACAACAGCAUUGAGUCCAGAAGAGAAUCUGUGAUCAGAGGCCUCAUUCUCUACCUUGGUGAAAAGACAGAGGAAUUAUUCAAUGACUACCAGGUUUGUGAUGAUGACGAUGCUGCAGCCAUCCAAGAGGCCAUCACUUCAUUUGUACUCAACAUCUUUGCGGUCAGCAAAGCCAGGGAUGGAGGUCUCGAGAAGAAAGCUGGAAUAGCCAUUGAGGGAGUAGAGGUCCUUUUUGGCAUUCCCAGUGUAGCACAUGCUUGCUCCUACCUUAUGGGCCUUAUUUAUGCAUUGGAACUAAGCUACCCAAAGAAACUUAAAUACACCUUUGAGGUAUUUCAGAAGAUCUUCCUGGAGCUGGAGGAUGUUAACAAAAACAUGUCCUCCAAAAUCCACGAUCUCAAGAUCAGCUUACUGGCCUAAAAGCGAUACAGACAUUGGGUGAAGUUAGAGGGUUUGAGUUAGGUCCCUCUGUUAAAGUUUUACAGUUCAAUUUCUCAGGUUCUCCUAAUGCACUCUCAAUAGUAACUACUAUCGCAUUUUCAUAUAGGGACCAUGUUUUGUAAGUCUGUUAAUGAGCAUUUGAAGGAAACAUGACUGUGAAGAAGUGAGAAACGCAUGAGUCAUGGAAAACAUUUUGCACAAUGUGAAUUUAUUGUAAUUUUAUUUUGAUAAGCUACUAACCUACCCAAAGAAACUGAAAUGUAGGCUUUCCAGAAGAUCUUCCUGGAGCUAGAGGACAGGAACCAAAAAAUGUUCCCCAAAGUUCAUGAUCUCAUGAUCAGCUUACUGGCCUUACAUUGUUGAAUGUAGAGGGUUUGAGUUAAGUCCCUCUGGUAAAAUUUUACUGUUCAAUUUCUCAGGUUUUUUUCAAUUCUCAAGUUACACUAAUCCUGUUUCAUAUAGGGACCGUGUUUGUGAGUCUGUUAAUGUUAAAGGUGCAGUUGAAGGAAAGAUGACAGUUAAGAAGUCAGAAACUAUAUUGCACAAUGUGAGUUUUUUUUUAAUAGAAACCCAAAGAAACUGAAAUGUAGUUUUCUUAGAAGAUCUCCAUUUUCACACGGGGAUCAUACAUGGGAUCAUAAAUGUGAUCAUACAUGUGCAAGCGUGUUGUUUUAAAGUCUUAAGAGUAUGUUACUGUACAGGACUGAAAAACGCAAUUUUAUAGAAAAUAUUCUGUAAAUGUCUCUGAAUCGUUUCUUCUGAAGAUAAUAAAUUUCC